UUCUCAACCUCCUAGUUUAUCUGAAUUUACGUUUCCCCCCCUCUUAGUUUAAUUCUCCAUCUACAGGAGUCGCCAAUUCCCUCCCUCGGUUCUCGUCUUCGACCUCGCUAUCUCCCAGUUCCCAACAGAUGACUAAGUCUAGGGUUAGGGUUUCGAUCUCUAUACUUGUCUUCAUCCUCUCUCUCUUCUCCCAAAAUUCCUCAAGCUCCCCACUCAUCUCUCCCGCCAGAUCUAAGCAGAUAUCGUGGAAACCUAGAGCUUUCGUGUACGAAGGUUUCUUGACCGAGGAAGAAUGCGAUCAUCUGAUAUCUCUCGCGAAAACAGAGCUGAAGAGAUCGGCGGUGGCUGAUAAUUUAUCGGGGAAAAGUACUCUAAGUGAAGUUCGGACUAGCUCGGGGAUGUUUAUCAAUAAAGGAAAGGACGCUAUUGUUUCAGGAGUAGAGGACAAGAUUGCAGCGUGGACAUUUCUCCCUAAAGAAAAUGGUGAAGACAUACAAGUACUGAGAUACGAGCACGGCCAAAAGUAUGACCCCCACUAUGAUUAUUUCACCGAUAAGGUUAAUAUUGCCCGUGGUGGGCAUCGCAUUGCCACUGUACUGAUGUAUCUAAGUGAUGUUGUAAAAGGCGGUGAAACUGUGUUCCCAUCAGCUGAGGAACCUCCUCGUCGUGGGGGGCAUAAGGAAGAAGAUUUGUCAGAUUGUGGUCGUAAGGGAGUUGCAGUAAAGCCACGGAGAGGGGAUGCUCUUCUAUUCUUCAGCCUUCACCCAGAUGCUACUAUUGAUCAGAGUAGUCUUCAUGCUGGGUGCCCAGUGUUGGAAGGCGAGAAAUGGUCUGCAACAAAGUGGAUUCAUGUGGAUUCAUUCGACAAAAUAUUGGGGGGCGACGGGAAUUGCAGCGAUGAGAAUGCUAGUUGCGAGAGAUGGGCUGCCCUUGGAGAAUGCACAAAGAAUCUGGAGUACAUGGUUGGGACUCCAGAGUUGCCAGGUUUUUGCCGAAGCAGUUGUCAUGUGUGUUAAUAGCUCCAUACGCUGUAAUAUUGACAUCGUCUUGGAAAGGUAUUUUCAUGGUCUUUUUUGGGAUAUUUACUUGGUACGGUCUGUUUAUGUUUGGGUAGUGUAGCCGUUACUGAGAUUGUGGCGUCCCAUCCGAAGGUUUUCCCUGUGUGGUUAUUGAUGUAUUUAUUUCUAAUAUAUUAGUUGAUUAGAAAGCAUGAAUGCGGUUUAUUGGAGUA